AUGAACAUUUUUAGUUGUCCUAAUGAAAAGGAAUACUCAAAUGAUAUUAGUUCUGAAAUUGAGAAAUCGUAGGUAAAAAAGGAACUUAGACCUCGAAAUAAUUUAUGCCCAGGUGUCUUUUAAGAAUAUAAACGAACUUACGUUAAAGUACCAUCUAAUUCAAAGGAAUAACUUGCUUAGUUGGUAUUCAUGGAAGGGUUUAAAAUCAAAGAUGUAUAAUACUGAAUUAAGUAUUAAAUAGGCUGCUAAACAAUUGAAUAUCAAAUACGCAACUGCUAAGACCAUAAUAUUUCAUAUGCGUAAAGAAAACAUAAAAAAAAUGAAUAUAAAUUCAAAAAACUGCAGAUAUACCUCAAUAUUGGAAAAUAGACUCUUAAAAUACAAAAUUAUUUCAACUCUUUCAAGUAGGAUCGUAUCAUCAUAGGAAUUUAUUGGUUAUUUUUAAGAAAAUGGUUAAGAUCAAGAAUUUAAAAUGAUAUGA